AUGCUCUUCGCUGUCUUAUGGUACACGCUCUUAUGUGUUGCCCUGAAUCAAGUUGCCUCGGGAGGGGGUUCGAAUUUGAUGACCGAUGAAGACAUAGCGAAUUUGACGCCAGCUACCCAUGCUGAGCGUGUCAAGGGAAGCAAAUGGGUUUUUGUGUCGGAACACUCGUUUGUUCUAGCCAUCUGGGCGAUGAAGGUUUGCAUGCUGGUGAUCUAUUUCCACCAAUGCUCGUCAUACCAGUACUAUGAGAUCAUCCAGGGCGCCAUCUCCAUUUCCGCCGAUAUCUUCAUGCUUGCUGUCGCCAUUCCGCUCCUGGUGCAAGUCCGCGUUCCUCUGAAGCAGAAAGUAAUCCUUCUCGCCCUCUUCGGCAUGGGAAUUUUUGUCAUUGUUGCGGCCAUCCUGAACAAAAUCUACUGUCUGGUUCCCUCGUUGAUCUCCUACGUCUACAUGAACUGGUAUUUCCGCGAAGCAACCGUCGCCGUUCUCGUCACCAACCUUCCUCUUGUUUGGUCUCUACUGCGCGAUGUGUUUCCCGCGCUCAAGAGCUGGACAGGUGGAUCCAAGAAAGGCACAGACCGGUAUCGGUCAGGACCUUGGACCAGCAAGGGAUCCGGGCUUCGGGCUUACGGACCCGCCAGUCAGUUACGGUCUGGGGAUUACAACAUGCAAGACUACACAAGCACAAGCACGGCUAUGCAUCAUCAGAAAGCGGUUUCUGAUGUCAGUGUCAACCAAAGUGAUGAGCGGGACCUGAGCGAUGAUGGGUCAGAUCGUGCUCUCCGAAUCCGACAAGACGUGACGGUGACGGUUGAGCGCGAGACCCGCCCACCAGAAUAUUGGGAUACCCACCAUGCGCAGAUCGCCAAUGGUCGUCCCCAACCUCAGCCCUGA